GCGCCAUGCAAUCACAAGUGGUAGAAUAAGUGGUGAGGCAGCAGCAGUUCCAACUGGUAUUCCUGAAGACUGGUUAAACAAUGUGUGGCCAAAAUUACGUGAUAUUUAUCCAGAUGAAAAAAUUUACAAUGCUGAUGAAACUGGAAUUUUCUUCAAACUGACUCCUGAAAAAACAUUACGUUUCAAAGGUGAAAAGUGCACGGGGGGAAAUUGUCAAAAGACAGACUAACUGUUUUAGUUUCCGUGAAUAUGGAUGGGAGUGAUAAGCGCAAGCUGAUGGUUAUAGGGAAAAGUGCUAAACCUCGUUGUUUCAAAAAUGUUAAUUUAUUGCCAGUAACAUAUGAAAGUAACAAAAGAGCGUGGAUGACAAGUGAAUUGUUCGCUUCCUGGCUACGAAAAUGGGACAAUGAACUGAAAUUGAAAAAUGAUAAAAUAUUGUUGAUGGUAGAUAACUGUCCAGCACAUCCACAUGUUGAAAAUCUUACAUCUAUAAAGUUGGUGUUCCUCCCGCCUAAUACAACAUCUGUUUUGCAACCCUUGGAUCAAGGUGUUAUAAGGUCUCUGAAAGUCAACUAUCGGAAACGUCUCAUUCUACAAAUCAUUCAAGAUUUGGAUGAAGGAUGUGAAACAAAAGUCUCUGUACUCGACGCAAUUACAAUGUUAGAAAGAGCUUGGAAUGAAGUCACAUCCAUUACAGUGAAAAACUGUUUCAGACAUGCAGGAUUUUUAAUGCAGUCUGAUAACAUUAUUGAAUCUGCAUGCACAGAAGAGUCGUUACAAGAAUGGGGGAGAAGUUUGGCUCAACCAGUGUCUCAGGAUUUCUUUGAAGAGUAUGAAGAAGUAGACAAGGAUUUGGAAACGACGGCAGCUGUAAGUGAUGAGGAAUUGCUGACUUCGACUUUGAGAGAAGAAGACAACGUUACAAACACUGAGAAAGACAAUGAUAAUGAUGAGGAAAUCAAUCCACCAACACUGACUGAAGCUUGUAAAGCGAUCAAGACAAUUUGCCAAUUUCUUAGUGUCACAAAUACAGCAGAUGAAGCAACAAAAAAUGUUCUAUUUAAUCUAGAGAAACAGUUUCAAACAUCGUACUACAAUUCAAAGUGCAAAAAACAAACGAAAAUUACAGACUUUUUGAAAAAGACCUAA